CUUAAAUUUAAAAAAAUAAUAUAUAAAAGAAAUUCUCCGUCUAUCUCUAAAACAUGGUUAUCUUCUGUCUUACUCUUGCUACUCUCCUUCCACUAAGAUCUAGGCUUGCCUUCACUCACUUUCUUUUUUAAUUAUAUUGUUAAUUAUUACUGUUGUUAAUAGACUCCAGUUUUAGUAAUUUCGGUUUGAUGGACCGGAAGCGAACGGAGAGCCCCAGCUACACGCGCCGGUGGAGUAGUCACUCGGGCACGGGGAGCACUGGCGGCGGUGUUGAGUCACCUGCAUUGUCGCCGGCGCAUAACCAGCCCCGCCACGCGCGUUCUUCCUCCGCCACUGGCAUUUCCAGCAUAAAGCGCACCCAAAACUUCGCCGCGAAAGCUGCGGCUCAGCGGCUUGCUCAGGUCAUGGCUUCGCAAACCACUGACGAUGACGAUGAAGAAGAUGACGGCGACGAUCUAGGUUUCCGGUACAGUGCUCCACCUCCUCUCGCUCUCUCUAGAAAAAACACCGCCGCUACGGCUGGUGGUGCCGGUAAUAAAACCGCUCUUAACUCUACGAGGAUCGGGAGAUCUCCUUCACCUGCGUUAGCACGGAACUUGGUAGAGGAAGCACCAUCAGUUCGAUCGACAUCAACUGGAAGGUCAUCAAUGUCUCUUCGUGCAGCACCACCUGUACCGCCGCCUAAUAAAACAUCACUGAGGACUGCUGUCUCUCUACCUUCUGAGUCUCCGAAAAACCGACAACCAGAGAAAAGAUUCACAUCAGACAUUGGGUUUAACUUGAAAGAUACAGGAGAUUACCGUGAGGCUUCUGCACUUCGAGAUGAACUAGAUAUGCUGCAGGAAGAAAACGAGAAUGUCAUAGAUAAGCUCAGACUUGAGGAAGAAAGGUGCAAGGAAGUGGAGGCUAGAGUCAAAGAGCUUGAGAAACAGGUUGCUGCUCUUGGUGAAGGGGUAUCUUUGGAAGCCAAACUGUUAAGCAGAAAAGAGGCUGCAUUGCGUCAAAGAGAGGCUGCACUUAAGGAUGCAAAACAAACUAAGGAUGUUGUAGACAAGGAGAUUUUGUCUUUUAGAUCUGAAGUUGAGAAUGCUAAAGAUGAGGCAACAGCCAUUGUAAGGCAGCUUCAUGGAGCUGAAUCUGAAGUAAAAGCCCUUCGUUCAAUGACUCAAAGAAUGGUAUUGACUCAAAAAGAGAUGGAAGAAGUUGUCCUUAAGAGGUGUUGGCUUGCUCGUUACUGGGGCUUAGCUGUGAGAUAUGGGAUCUGUGCAGAUAUCGCUGUGUCUAAGCAUGAGUACUGGUCAUCAUUAGCUCCUCUUCCUUUUGAGGUGGUUGUUUCUGCUGGACAAAAGGCUAAGGAGGAGUUUUCUGAAAAAGGUGAUGAUGAGAAUGAAAAGAGGAGCAAACUUGUUGAGGAUUUGAGUGACCUGACUGGAGAAGGAAAUAUUGAGAGUAUGCUUUCAGUUGAAAUGGGUUUGAAGGAGCUUGCAUCCUUAAAGGUUGAGGAAGCCAUUGUGAAUGCAUUGGCCCAACAGAGAAGAGCAAGUUCUGUUAGAAUUUCAUUGUCUGAUAUCAAGUCACCACGUGAUCCAAAGUUUAUGGAGGCAUUUGAAUUGAGUCCAGAGGAGUCUGAGGAUGUUCUCUUCAAGGAGGCAUGGCUUACAUAUAUUUGGAGAAGAGCCAAAUCCCAUGGCAUAGAGGAGGAUACAGCCAAAGAGCGACUUAAAUUUUGGAUCAGCCGUUCUGUGCAUUCACCAAGUUCACAUGAUGCUGUUGAUGUUGAGGAAGGACUGAUGGAGCUUCGGAAAUUGGGCAUUGAACGUCGACUUUGGGAAGCAUCUCGAAGGAAUUGAGUGGGAUGAUUCUUCUUCAAAGAGUAGUUGAAAGAGUUCUUGACAGACUGCACUGAGAUAUGUAUUUUACAGUUUCUAACUGUAUUCGUUUGACUAGAUUUCCCCUCCAAAUGAGCUUCUUCUUCUUCUUCUUCUUCUUAUUAUUAUGUAGAUAAGUAAUGAGCACUGAUUAUGGGUUGCAUGCUUUUCUUGAUAUGAGAAUUGAGGUAUUGCUUCGGCAAAUAAAUUAGUUUAAAGGUAA